UUGACUUGCACAUGGAGGGAGCAACCGGACUCGUGAAAACAGCCGGUUAAACGAAACCCACUAUCGCACAGUCAAGAUAUCGGAUUCAAAAGAAGUGUACAGUUUUUUUCCCCCCCACACACGGAAAUUUGACUGGCAACUGGCCGGAAAGAAAAAUGGUCUCAAGAGACGUUCUGUCGUCGGCUUUCGGACUCGAGCUGGGAUGUGGACAGAAGCGGUGAAACGGGAAGGAGCGGACGCGGGCAGCGAAAGCUAAAGUCGUCUCGUCAGCCGGCGGUGGUCGGCAAACGCCGCGACGACCGAGCUGCUAAACUAAACCGAGGCUGCACAGCUCUCUCUCUCUCUCUCUCUCUCUCUCUCUCUCUCGCUCUUUCUCGCUCUCUUUCGACAUCUCUUGGCAGGCUACACAUUGCAGUGAGUCAGUAUCAUGGAGGCAGGCAGCGGUGCUGCCGCAGCGGUGGGGAGUGCAGCGCUCGGAGUGCUGGGAGCCACAGCCACAUCCAGCCUUGACAUCUUGGACAGGAGCCCAAGACUUGGACUCCAUCUGGAGGACGACGACGUUGUGACUGAACUGGCUCACAUUCAUCCUAGAGAGAGACCUGACUGGGAAGAGACAAUUAGUGCCAUGGCAAGAAGUGCCGAGAUCCCCGAGCUGCGGACUGAGACCCUCAUGCGCUCAUCCAGCAGCAGCACAGCAAGCAUGAAGGUCAAGAAUGUUAAAAAACUUUGCUUUACCAAGGGCCACUUUCCCAAACUGGCAGAAUGUGCUCAUUUCCACUAUGAAAACGUGGACUUUGGCACAAUACAGUUGUCUCUCGGCGAUGAACAGAGCGAAGUGACGCGGAACGGCCAAGAGUCCAAGGAGCUUGUAUACUUGGUUCAUAUUUACUGCCAGGGUCGAAGUUGGAUUGUAAAGCGUAGCUAUGAGGAUUUCCGUGUCCUGGACAAGCACCUGCACCUGUGCAUAUAUGACCGCCGUUUCUCUCAGCUGCCUGAGCUGCCGAGACUUGACAGUUUGACUGAUCAACCAGAGUCUGUUUCCCAAAUGUUGUUGGGUUACCUCUCCCGGCUUUCGGCCAUCGCUGACAACAAGAUCAACUGUGGGCCUGCCCUCACGUGGAUGGAGGUUGACAAUAAGGGAAAUCAUCUUUUGGUACAUGAAGACUCAUCCAUCAAUGUUCCAGCAAUUGCAGCUGCCCACGUCAUCAAGCGCUACAUUGCACAGGCUUCAGACGAGCUGUCCUUUGAGGUUGGUGACAUUGUGUCAGUGAUUGACAUGCCUCCUAAAGAAGACACCACAUGGUGGAGGGGGAAACACGGCUUUCAGGUUGGCUACUUUCCCAGUGAGUGUGUGGAGCUCAUAAAUGACAAAGUGCCACAGUCCAUGACCAACUCUGUGCCGAAGCCAGCGUCCCCGUGCUCUGGCCUGCCGCCUGCCUCAUGGAGUCUCUUCCCUCCCUGUGCGUAUUUGGAGAUGGAGAGUGUAAUACAGGACAAUGCAUGGGUGGCCGACCCGCUUAACCACUACAGCCUAAGUUCAGUGUCUAAGAAGCAUGGCAAGCUGAUCACCUUCUUGCGCUCCUUCAUGAAGUCCAGGCCCACCAAGCAGAAGCUGAAGCAGAGAGGCAUCCUCCGGGAGAGGGUGUUUGGCUGCGACCUGGGGGAGCACCUCCUCAACUCUGGACAUGAUGUUCCCCAGGUCCUCAAAAGCUGCACCGAGUUCAUCGAGAAGCACGGUGUGGUGGAUGGCAUCUACCGCCUCUCUGGAAUCGCUUCCAAUAUUCAGAAAUUGCGGCAUGAGUUUGACUCUGAGCAAAUCCCCGACCUGACCAAAGAUGUUUACGUACAGGACAUCCACUGCGUUGGCUCGCUGUGCAAGCUCUACUUCAGAGAACUGCCCAACCCCCUGCUCACCUACCAGCUCUAUGAAAAAUUUUCUGAGGCCGUAUCGGCAGCAACCGACGAAGAACGACUUAUUAAAAUCCAUGACGUCAUCCAGCAACUUCCUCCUCCACAUUACAGAACGCUAGAGUUCCUCAUGAGACACCUUUCCCGCCUGGCGGCAUUCAGCUACAUCACCAACAUGCACAGUAAGAACUUGGCCAUUGUCUGGGCCCCCAACCUGCUGAGAUCAAAACAGAUUGAAUCUGCAUGCUUCAGUGGCACAGCAGCCUUCAUGGAAGUCAGAAUCCAGUCGGUUGUCGUUGAGUUCAUUCUCAACCAUGUGGAUGUUCUCUUCAGCACCAAACUUAGCUCACUAAUUCGCGAGGGAGCAGGUCAUAACACAUUGUCACGGCCAAAGUCCCUGCUGAUUUCAUCACCCUCUACCAAACUUCUAAGUUUGGAGGAGGCUCAGGCGAGAACUCAGGCUCAGAUCAACUCCCCAGUCACUGAAGAUAGCAAGUACAUUGAGGUUGGUGAAGGUCCUGCUGCCCUGCAGGGCAAGUUCCACACUGUCAUCGAGUUUCCCACUGAAAGGAAGAGGCCUCCAGUUAAAUCAAAGAAGUCUCCUGUGGGUAGUUGGCGUUCUUUCUUCAACCUGGGCAAGUCUUCCUCAAUGUCCAAGCGCAAGUUGCAACGCAACCCGAGUGAGCCCAAUGAACUUAAGGCCAUGGCUCUUGCUGGAGGUCGGGGAGAUACAGCUACAUUAAGAUCUGCUAAAAGUGAAGAGUCACUGAGUUCUCUUCAUAAUGUUGAAGGAGAGUCCAAGGUGUACCGUCCACGGAGGCCACGAUCAAGCAGCGAUGCCCUUUCGGCCUCAUUUAAUGGUGAGUUGUUGGAGGGUCGACAGCAGCGCAACUGCUACGACAAGCUGGGUGCCACAGAGGACAGCGACGGAGAUGACGGGCCCAUCUGUGUACCCGCUCUCAUCUCGCCUCCACGCUCAGCCGGUGAAGACGUGGACCUCAGCCCACCAGACAUCGGCAUGGCCUCCUUGGACUUUGACCCGAUGUCUUUCCAGUGCAGCCUCCCUGAUGCAGCCUACGCAUUUCCCCUGGUUGAUUCGCAUGCUGGAGCGGAAGGCUUGACAUUAAAGAGGAGCCCCGGCAGCCUCUGGGGAAAGAGCAAUGGCUCUGACCUCAUCUCUUCCUCCUUACUUGACAACUUGACAUCAUCCUUGUUGUCCUCGGACUUUAACCUGGCUGCAGGAGAGAAAGUGGAAAGCCAGAAACUUACCACUUCCUAUUCUUACACUGAUAAACCUACACAAGCUGUGUCACCCAUUAGAAGUGUAAAAACUGCUACUUCUGCCUCUUCAGAGCUAUUUUCUGUAGAGAUGCAUGAUCGGACUAUCAGUGAAGAGGUGGGUCCUCCUGACCCUUUAUCUCCCCCCAGUGCACCAAAGGACUCUCCUCUUUCUGGAAAAGCUGAGCCAUCGCUAAGUGAAGCUUUCCAAAUGGAGCUGCACUCAAAGCUGGCGAGCCUUGACAGCGUGGAUUGUGAGGAGCUAAAGCGAGAGGACAGUGUUCAACAGCUGUCACACGGAAGCCAGGAGCCUCAAAGAGGAAGAGUUCCGGAUUCAAAGGAUCUCACCAAACAUUCCCUCAGCGCUUCUGCAACCACUUCCACUGCUCCUCCCCAUCCUCCUAAAGAUGCUGCCUGCAUGUUGGCCCUGGUUCUUGCUGAGUCAGCACAGCAAGUCUCCACGCAGUCCCAGCCUUGGUCCUGCGAGCCCCUGACACCAUUGUCCCCUGUGCAGCCACAUUUUUCUGACGGGCGGGCCUCAUCGGGUGCACAUUUCCAGACUUCCGAUGAAGAGGGAGCUGUACGAGGAACUUCUGCGUCACAAAAUAGCACUGUCUCUGUCGUUACCUCCAUCCCGUGUUUUCCCUAUUCUUCAAGCCCGUUGAAAGAACAGCAGGUGCUUGAGUUAACCAACAUGAAAACCAGGCCGCCAGACAGUGCCAAGGCCACAACAACUCUGUCAGGAAAACCACCAGAAAAUGACUCUAUACCUUCAGAUACGCUUCAUAAAGAGGUCACCCCGCAGCCUAAAAGUACAGCCAACCUGAAUUCUCUAACCAGGAGUCCAGAAAGGCAGUCCUUUGUUGUACAUGACUCAGUCAGUACCAGCAUUACCAGUACCAAACCAGUGGCCACUAGUGCACUGACCUUUGAGAGCAGUGGAGCCCUUUCCGGUGUCAGUGGCAAAGACACCACAAGCUCUCGACAACGUCCUGCUGAGGUGAGGCCAAAGGAAGACGCAAAGCCCAUAAGUGUUCCAAAAUCAUCAUCAUCAGAGCAGCAGCCUCCAGCAGCUCCAAAGGCAAAAAAGCCAGUGUUGUCACAACCCCAACAUCAAACACAAACUCAGCGGCAGUGCCAAGUUCAGAUGCAGCACCGGUCCCACACACAAAUUCAACCCCAAACUCAGCCGCUAUCGAAGGCCAGUUCAAUAGUGGCACCAACCUCCUCUGAGCAUGUUGAUAAGCCAUGGGAGGCCAUAAAUCCAGCGCAGCCUAGCACAGAGUUUUCUAAGAAUGACCCAAAUGGAUCCACACCGCCAACCCCUCCAGUCCGUACUAUGGAGAGCAAACUGGCCACAGCUGCACUCAGUCAGGGGGAAGCUACUUACCAUAGUUUAGGUGAGAAUUCUGCAGCUGGCCAUCUGGAAGAUGCCCAUCCUCACCAUCCCCUUUCGCCUCGUAAAUCUUGCACACAUCUCUACCAUGCUAAAGGGUCAGCAGUCCUCGUUGAGCCCUCAGGAGUUGGAUACUACCACCAGAGGCCCGUUUCAAUGGGUCCACAGCCCAUGCCACACCACUACAGACCAAACACUGUCCCCUCACACCUCUCGUAUGUGUCAAAGUCCGAACCUCAAAUACCUUACAGUGCCCGGGUAGACAAUAGGUACAGCACUUUAGGCCCUAGGUCCUACCACCACUCUAUAAAGGCUAGAGAAAACACCCGGAGUGUUUACGGGGCUUCGGGACAUCAAGGUUAUAGCCAUGACCGAAACCAUGGUUAUCCCACUAUUCGCAGAGUACACUCGCUCCAUGUUCCCCCCACUAUCCACACAGUACCCAUCCAAAGGACUGAAGUUCCUCCGGACGACAUAUUCUAUCACCAUCGACCUGUGUAUCAGUGCAAACCCUACCAGCAGCCCCCGCAGCAAUCUUCACAAGCCGACUAUCACGUCACUCAACUGCAGCCUUACUUUGAGAAUGGACGAGUCCAGUACCGCUACAGUCCAUACUCUGGUUCUGUCCCUCUGGAGGCUCCUUGUUAUGAUAUUGACCCUUAUGGCACCAUCCGUGUCCGCCAUGUCCAUUCAGCCAGUAGAGAUUCAGGGACCAUUGUUUGCAGACCCGGUGGAAAGGCUACAGGGUACCACUACCUCGCUCGCAAUGUUCUCCCACCUGGAAAGGAGCACAGCUUUGUGAGUAGGGACAUGCCACCGAGUCAUGGCGCCAAGGAAAUUCUUUCUUACCUCUCUUGGGAUCCCGAGGAGUCAGAAUGUCUGCGCAUGCAGUCUAUUCGUAGAGAGAGUAGGGCCAGACAGAAGAUUAAAGGUCCAGUUCUCUCACAAUAUGACAAUGUAGGCUCAUUCACACCAGUUGAUAUAGCUGGGUAUGACACCCUGCACUCGCGCAGUAAAUCUGAUCCAGGUAAGUCUCUGCCGGGUGCAACUGAGAACAAAGAUAGUCUCUAUCUCCCCAGACACAUGGUCUCAGACCCCAAUGUCCUCAUAUGUAUGGAGACUGAGAAGAAUGUCCAGGGUGGUUCAAUGGGAGACAAGUUGGACGGGCUGGCGAAGCAAAGCAGCUCCAAGAAAUGCCAAUCAUCUCAUUCCAUUCCUGCGAAGCUGAGCAGUCAACACGAAGCUCAGCAUGAGACUUCAAGUGAAAAGCUUGGCGAAAGCACCAGCCAGUCCAAACACUGGCAGCCAGAGAACCUGAACAAGAGGAGCUUCCAGACACGGCAUGAGUGCCCUGAUGCUGACCACCACCACGGUAAAGGUAAAACACCAAGCACCUAUCACGAUCCAGAAGAUCAGCCAUCCGCUCCAAAGGAACAGCUCGCCCACUGCAAACCUGAACGAUCACACAGCUUGCGUGAGCAGCAUCUCUACAACCACAGCAAAGCUGAACUGGAUGGAGACUACUCGUAUAACAAAUACGGAACCAAACCAGUGCAGUCCCACUACGACAACUUGGACGAUUACCACCCAGUACCUCAGCCCCAGUACAUUCAAAAACGCAGUGGCUGUAAUUCCUAUCCAGCCCCGGGAUUUGCGCACAACAACGGAGCAUAUUCCACAGCAUUAGGCCAGGGAGCCUUUCUCCAGACUGACCUCGGUAUCCAGAGGGCAGAAACAGAGAUAUGUACGGAAUGAAAUCUCCGCACCGGGGGAAUUGUGAAAUUUCCUUUAGAAGAAAGACUAUGAGCUAUGGUUGAUCAGCCUCUGCAGGACAGUGGACUGUUGUACCACCAAUAUUUUUGCUCUUCUGUAUUUUUAAAGAAUUGUCAAGGAAAAUGUAAGACUUUUUACCGAAAGUCCUGAAUGUACCCAAAGUUUUUGUUCAAGAGCUCAUUUUUGCUGUGAUUGAGUGGGACGCUAGUCGUAAAUGAUAAGAAAGAUGUAAGGUACUUUAAAUAGGAACCAGAAAAUGUCUAAUAUGAUACAGUAUACAUUGUCAUAUAUAUAUAUAUAUAUAUAUAUAUAUAUAUAUAUAUAUAGUAAAAGGGAUGUAUUUUUUUAGACGUGGCCAUUGGGUUUGGGCAUAAACGGGGAUAAGGUUUGCAUUUUAGAAAUGCAUGCACUCUCUUACAGAACAGUUCUGUAUACUUCACUGUUCAUUACGUUCUUUCUAAAUAUUGCGGCACAAGUAAUGGGGGAAGAUUGAUGUUUGCAUCAUCAUAUCAUCCCUCUACCAAUAUGCACACAGGUAGGCAGUACACUGUCCAUGUUUGUCUUUUGAGAAUCCAACCGUGUGAGUUUGACAAUAAUCUAUUUAGGAGUUGCUGUCUGUUCAAAUAGUGGAUGUCAUUGUCUUUUAUGUUCUUUGUGACUGUGCCAUUUUAUAUUCAUUCGCUAAAACACAUUUGAGUUACGUCUAAUGGAAUGUUUUGGUACUUCAUUAAAAGGGGGACCAAGAAUGUCGGCGUGGUGCUUGCAUAUACUGGAGUUAAAAGUUAAAAUACAGACGCUAAUUUUAGCUGCAGAUAUGAAAGACAUUUUUAUUUAGAUUUUUAUUUUCCCAUUACGUUUCCAUAUUUGUGAGACCUGAUCUGUCAUGAUUAAUAAAAGCUGAAAUUAUUUUCUUCUAAAACAACAAACAUGUUGAUCCUGCUUUGUAGAAAAACAACUUUUCUUGGAUCUAAAAUUGUGUUUUACGGGUAAUGUAAAUCUUGCCCAUAUUAUGCAAAUGAUUUGUGUAGUUAAUAAUUGAAAUGUGUAUUUCAGGCUGAAAACUGAUGUGUGGUACACACAUUUUGUACUGCAUAGUGGAGUUUCAAUGAUAUUAAAAACAAUUGUAUUGUAUUCUAUAACUGUUUGACCCAGUGUAUCGCUUGCAGAUGUUGCUCUUCCUGCCUUACCUAAAGCCUCUUCCUUUUCAGUUGAGGCAGAGAUAAGGCACCGUGUACUUCAAUGUUAAAAUCUUAUCUCUAACUAAUGGGUGCUUAAAAGUUAGAUAUAAAAUCAAUAAAACUGUUCAGGAC